UAGUCGAGGAACGUGGAUCGCGGGAUCGGUGCAGGCGGAUUGUAAAUGACGUGCACCAAAACAUCUCCAUUCCAUUCUCAAAUAUUUAUAACACUGUUCCAUGAAAAGUUUAACUUGAUGCUUCUAAACACUGCAGAGUUUAACUCGAUGGUUCUAUAAGGAUGGACCAAUAAGGAUGGUCGUUAUUGAAAUACAUGGAUUGGUUUUUUUUUUCAGGUUUGUUGAAGUUCCUUCACCGCUGUAAUUUACUGACCCAAAAGACCUCGGGAACAGGAAGAAGGCAAAACGAUUUUAUAAUGCCGAUACAAGGACAAUAUAUACGCGAAAAUGGACACGCUAAUGUUUUCUAGUAUGCGUGUAUGUUUGGUUUAUAUGGAAGCUUCAAAGACCUCGCUGGUAAGAUAUAUUUUAUUUUUAUGCACGGUCAUUAUUUCCUCGGUUUUUCUGCAUGAAAUAUAUCUUAACCGUUUACUGGUCAGUGUACUGCCUUGGUGCUUAAACAAUUUCAUUCUUUGACCAAAAAGUUUACUAGAUAGUGAGUAAAAGUUUUGAAAAUAAAAUGAAAUCCAAUUUUGAAAGUUGUUUUAUCGUAAACGACGUGGAGAUGUUGAAACUGAUAAAGACCAUUCAAACACCGCGGGCGGAUGUUUUUCCGAAUGAAAUACAAUGUCUAUUUAAUUAUGGACACAGAUUCAGCGGGCAAACCAUUACUCCCCGUAGACAAAAGCUCUGGUAUUCACACCGUGUCCCGCUACCGUUGCAUAGAAACGGUUGUAACUUGUAAACAUCAAAAUAAUGUUUUGGUUACCAUCGACUAACUUUCUUUAUAGUUUUAUCAAUUUUAAACUGUUUUACCUAGAGGUCCAGUAAGGAUCAUCUCUUAUUGAUCCAGUGACUUUAUUUACAUUGGAUAGCUCCAUCAGUUCUAACCUGUUCUCCCUAGAAGUCUAGUAAGGAUCAUCUCUUAUUCAUCCAGUGUUACUACAGGAAGAAACCUAAACUAACUUUAUUUGUACUGGAUAGUUUUAUCACUUCUAAACUGUUCUUCCUAGAGGUCCGGUAAGGAUCAUCUCUUAUUAAUCCAGUCUUGAAAUGUCUCGCGAAUUGCAGCCAUCGAAAUGUUAAGUUCUUCGACUGCUCGCUAUCCUCGACACACGCCUCACGACAGCGGAGAGGCCGUUGGUGACUUAACAAAGAUUCUUUAUGAUUAUGCAACCCUGACUUUUAUCAUGAAAUAACAACAACAAACCUAUUGAGACGCAUUGCCAUGAAUCCUGUGGUUUUGUACCGGAGAUGUAAUUAGAGCAUUUAUAUGACGUUCGCUGUUUAAGUGGCAAGACAUGAUUAUAUAAUAGCAUAAUAACUCUAUAUUCUAGCUCACGCACACAUCUUAAAGCAAUCUCACAUGGUCUAGAAUACAUUUCAAUGCUUGCUAGGCGUUUACAAGCUUCUAAAAGCUCUAACUAACACACAGAUGUUAAUAUCCUACCUUCGAUAAUCCUAGAAUCUGCUAAUCUGCUAAGAUCGCCAUCAAGAAACUCCGAACACCAGAACGUCGGCGCGUGAUAUGUCUGAUCAUGCAAAUGCGGCCUUUUAUACCUUCAGUUAAUUGCAUUCCAAACACCACAGGAAGAGCUCUGAAAUGACAAACAGCUGAUCGUGUUGAUGGAUUGACAAAGUGCGUGAUUCCGGUCUUUUAAACACGUUGGUGAAUUGCCAGGGGUGGGCGUGUGUUUGAAUAUAAAGACUGUUGUAGUGUUGUGUUUUUGCUCUUAAGUUUUUAACACUUUUGUCUGGUAGCGAAGAGGUUUAGAAGUGUUUUUCACCACUUCAUUCCUGCAAUAUGCGGUUAUGUGAUCAUAAAUUUUCCUCAGUCUCGUGAAAGAAUGGUGUUUGCAAUUUGACUCCAUCAAACACCACAUGAUAUCUCCUGUUUCGUGCUGUGAAAAAAUAUAAAAAGAUGCUCCUUCUUGACCUCUAGACAAAACAGAGAUCUAUCCAGUGUAUAUAAAGUCGAGUUUAAUGUUGGUUUAGGUCAGUUUUCCUUUAGUAGUCGAGCAAUAAGGAUGAUCCUUAAUGGGUCCAGAAUAGUUUAGAGAUCUUUAGAACUGAUAGAGCUAUCCAGUAUAAAUAAAGUUAGUUUAGUUUAGGUUUCCUCCUGUAGUAACACUGGAUCAAUAAGAGAUGAUCCUUACUGGACCUCUAGGGAGAACAGUUUAGAACUGAUAGAGCUAUCCAGCAUAAAUAAAAUUAGUUUAGUUUAGGUUUCCUCCUGUAGUAACACUGGAUCAAUAAGAGAUGAUCCUUACUGGACCUCUAGGGAGAACAGUUUAGAACUGAUAGAGCUAUCCAGUAUAAAUGAAGUUAGUUUAGUUUAGGUUUCCUCCUGUAGUAACACUGGAUCAAUAAGAGAUGAUCCUUACUGGACCUCUAGGAGAACAGUUUAGAACUGAUAGAGCUAUCCAGUAUAAAUAAAGUUAGUUUAGUUUUAGGUUUCCUCCUGUAGUAACACUGGAUCAAUAAGAGAUGAUCUUUACUGGACCUCUAGGGAGAACAGUUUAGAACUGAUAGAGCUAUCCAGUAUAAAUAAAGUUAGUGUAGUUUAGGUUUCCUCCUGUAGUAACACUGGAUCAAUAAGAGAUGAUCUUUACUGGACCUCUAGGAAGAAUAGUUUAGAACUGAUAGAGCUAUCCUGUAUCCAGUAUAAAUAAAGUGAAAUAGUACUAUAAAAUUUUAAUAAGUAGAUUUGUCAUUUGGAAUUUGAAGAACACCAGACAACAUACAGCGUGUAAGACAAACUAAGUGACUAACUAGCUAUCUUAUUUUCUGUAAUAUUUAUAUCAUUCUUAGGUUUUGUGAGACCUGACUAGCUACUUAAAUCUGUCAAAUCUGCCAGCGCAUGACAAUGUAACCGGAUCUUAAGUUGAUUAAAAUUCCAACCGUCUGUAAAAACCAGUAAUUGAAUAAAGUUUUCGUCACGAAACGAUUGAGAAGUUUAAGGUCACGCAGCGUCUGGUAUUUUUCAUAUUAAAGAAAAAUGACAGCUUAAACUCAUUAGCAUUGCGAAAUUGCUUUAAUACCUUGUACUGUUGACAAACUAAACUUAAACAGUUUGACUAAACUAACUUUAUUUAUACUGGAUAGCUCUAUCAGUUCUAAACUGAUCUCUCUAGAGGUCCAGUAAGAAUCAUCUCUUAUUGAUCCAGUGUUACUACAGGAGGAAACCUAAACUAAACUAACUUUAUUUAUACUGUAUAGCUCUAUCAGUUUUAAACUGUUCUUCCUACAGGUCCAGUAAGGGUCAUCUCUUAUUGAUCCUGUACGUGUUACUACAGGAGGAAACCUAAACUAAACUAACUUUAUUUAUACUGGAUAGCUCUAUCAGUUCUAAACUGUUCUCCCUAGAGGUCCAGUAAGGGUCGUCUCUUAUUGAUCCAGUGUCACUACAGGAGGAAACCCAAACUAAACUACUUUUCAGAUAUACUGUUUCCUAUUAUAUUAACACGCCAUAUUAAGAAACAAUAAGCAUAAACUAUUAAGCAAACAAUGUCUUAAAUUAUUUUUAUUCCGACCGCCAAUUACCAGCCCGAGAUUACGUGUAAACCUCAUAAUAAAUUCUGCACGAAAUCCAUGCGCUUGCGUGACCUUUCAUAGAAACCCGGGGCACUUAAACGUAAAACUAACAAAGUAAGUGAAAGUUAAGGAUUUAUUUUCAGACUUCUUGAACUCGCAAAGAAACCUUACAUAUGUUUGGAUAGACAGUUUUAGUUUUAAGCAAAAUAUGCAGCACUUGUCGUCUUUUCGACCAGUCGUCUUUUUUAAUUUUUGAGAAAUUAAAUCGUCUCUGAAACUUACCAAUGCCAAAAAGCUCUAGGUUCUCAGCGAACGAAUCUUUUCACUUGAUUUGAGUCAAGAAGGUGAACAAUACCGAAAUAGUAGCAUUAAUUCGGGCACAUUUUAAAGUGUUUACACAAUGUAAAAGCGUAGAAUACGGUGUUUGCACAGCCGUUCUGUUGAAUGCCAUGUGAAAAUAGAUUAUUUGAAUGGAUCGUCACGCUUUUAGCGAGGGAAAUUUGCCGAAAAGUGGUCGCGAUUAUUGAUGGUUUGCAGUAUACUGAAACGGCUCAGUAACCGCUUUUAUUAGUGGUUGACAAGACAAGCGGUCCGUAAAAACCAAUAUCCAGACCUCGUUUAUCUGGCGGGAAAUUUUUGCUUUGCAAACAGAAAAAUUUUUUCCAAUUGUGCUUUACAUAUAAAAAUUUCAAACAACCAAAUUGUUUUUGAUUGACCAUGCGUGUCUACCGUGUAUUGUUACCCAGUGAAACUGACGAUAACCGAUUUAAUUCGCGCGAAAAGCAUAUGCUCACAGACUCAGUUCAGCCCGAUAUAAUAAGGCGAUUAUUGACCUCGCUUGUUCGGUCCGUACUGUGAAAUAUCAGACUUUAUGUUUUUUGCAUGGACCUCGCUCAUUCGUCGCUCGGUCCAUACUAAAAAACCUCGGUCUGGUAUUUCACAGUACAGACCUCACGCUCGGUCAAUAAGCCGUUAAUAUAUUUGCCAGCAUCACUUGAUAAAUAGUAGCAUGCAAAAAAUAGGUGUAGAAUUAUUCAACUGCUGACAGUGACUCCGUCAGUUUAAACAGUCCUUUUCCUCUACAGUCGAGUGUAAUUUGCAUAAACCACAAUGCCACAGACAAUGCAGGCUAUUUCGCUGACCUCAGAAUGACAUUCCAUCAAAACUUUUUUUUCAAGAUUGGUUUAGAAACAAAUUUGGAGUAGGGUUAGGUUAGGGAUAGGGUUGGGGUUAGGGUUAGGGUUAGAGUUGGUGUUUGGAAUAGGGUUAGUGUCAGUAAAACCGUUGCUUUGUUACGUUUUGUCACUCUGAGGCCAGCGAAAUAAUCUCUUCCGACAAUGCAUCGCGAUUUAAAGAUGGCGCACGUUUCGUUAAAAAGGUCGACUACGUGCUUGGGCUAUUUUGGUAAUUUCGUAUCGUCGGAUUUGGCCAAUGUUUGUCAACCUGUUCGCAGGCAAGGCUUCUUCUUGGAAUAUAUAAUUUGCAACAGGUGGCAACAAAAAUAUAUAAAUAUUGUUUUCAUUUGACCGUUGCUAUGCAUUCUGUUUUAUUUAUUUUCACGUUGUCUUCGACUUAUGAAGAAGCCACGAUGUUCAUGCCACUUCUAACUUAAAGUCAAGCUAGUUUAUACACGUACGUUGUACAAUUUACACAUUUUUGUGAUUCAAUAUUGACAUUUUAUGUAUGUAUAUAGACGCUAUUAAAGAGUGUGUUUUGUCACUUUUGUGUAAUUGUAUAUAAAACUAAUGGAGAUAUUUGCAUUUGAAUGUGUUCAUAAUUUUCUAAAGAAUUAACGUUUAUAUAUAUAGGUAUUGUAUUAUGAGCAGUAUAUAUUAGUAUAAAACAUUUUUCAAAUGUUCAUAAUAUGUUGUAGUAUAUUUAUACUGCAGUGUCCUGUACUAUAUUAAUUUGUAAUGCGGAAAAACAGUUAGAAUAGGCCCCAUUUCCGAAUUAUGCUCUAGCUAUCAAGAAUGACAAUGCUAAGUCAAAGUUCAGUGUUAAUUUGCCAUAGAAACAUUAAAAUUUGGCACGAAACCUCGUUCUCAGACUAUUUGAGAGCAAUGAUUCACAAACGCUUACCUGAAGUACAUCAAGCUGUUAUAGAAGGUUGAUAAUAUUCAUUGUUUUUCCCCUUUCUUUGCCAGAUGAGAAUGAUAACAUGAGGCUCCCAGCUCCACUACGAAAAUUCAUUGCAGACUCUGAAGACGAGGUCUAUUUUGCGAUUCGUCUGUUGAUAUUUGCCGUCAACGUUAUUGCCUGGAUCUUCUCCAUAUUCUUCAUCUGCAUCGGAAUAUGGAUACUACAGGAGAAACACAGUCUUGGAAUUGACAACUUGAGUUCUGAUCCCGCCAUCUUGUUGCUGGUGAUUGGCUCCAUACUGUUUGUCAUCACGUUUACAGGAUGCGUCGGCACUUUGAGGGAAAACUUGUUUCUUUUAAAAAUGGUGAGCUACAACGUGUCCACAUACUAAAACUGCUGGAGUUCUGCAUUAGCUGCAGCAUUGAAUAAAAGCAAAUUCAGCUUGACUUAUUCUGAAUUCUAAAUAGAAAGCUAAUGUACUUUAAUGCACUCAAUCUGUGGAUAGACAGAUCUAUCAGUUCUAAACUGUUCUCUCUAGAGGUUCAGUACAAGGAUCAUCUCUUAUUGAUCCAGUGUUACUACAGGAGGAAACCUAAACUAAACUAACUUUAUUUAUACUGGAUAUCUCUAACAGUUCUAAACUGUUCUUCCUAGAGGUCCAGAAAGGAUCAUCUCUUAUUGAUCCGGUAUUACUACAGGAAGAAACCUAAACUAAACUAACUUUAUUUAUACUGGAUAACUCUAACAGUUCUAUAAACUGUUCUUCCUACAGUAGAGGUCCAGUAAGGAUCAUCUCUUAUUGAUCCAGUGUUACUACAGGAGGAAACCUAAACUAAACUAACUUUAUUUAUACUGGAUAGCUCUAUCAGUUCUAAACUGUUCUUCCUAGAGGUCCAGUAAGAAUCAUCUCUUAUUGAUCCAGUGUUACUACAGGAGGAAACCUAAACUAAACUAACUUUAUUUAUACUGGAUAGCUCUAACAGUUCUAAACUGUUCUUCCUAGAGGUCCAGUAAGGAUCAUCUCUUAUUGAUCCAGUGUUACUACAGGAGGAAACCCAAACUAAACUAACUUUAUUUAUACUGGAUAGCUCUAUCAGUUCUAAACUGUUCUUCCUAGAGGUCCAGUAAGGAUCAUCUCUUAUUGAUCCAGUGUUACUACAGGAGGAAACCUAAACUAAACUAACUUUAUUUAUACUGGAUAGCUCUAUCAGUUCUAAACUGUUCUUCCUAGAGGUUCAGUAAGGAUCAUCUCUUAUUGAUCCAGUGUUACUACAGGAGGAAACCUAAACUAAACUAACUUUAUUUAUACUGGAUAUCUCUAACAGUUCUAAACUGUUCUUCCUAGAGGUCCAGUAAGGAACAUCUCUUAUUGAUCCAGUGUUACUACAGGAGGAAACCUAAACUAAACUAACGUUAUUUAUACUGGAUAGCUCUAACAGUUCUAUAAACUGUUCUUCCUGGAGGUUCAAUAAGGGGGAAAUGAACUACUGUACGUACCAUGCAGUUAAAAACCUGUAUUUUUUGGUAGAAGCACUAUUUCUCUAUGUGACAGAGGCAAAAUAUAGAAAUUGUGUUUCUCUAUUACAGUACAUGGCUAUGAUAGUGAUUCUUUUCAUAAUUGAAAUUAUUACUGCUCUGGUUGCGUUUCUUUAUGCUGAUAAGGUAAUUAGUCUUCAUCAUGACUCACAAAUUUUAUAAUUAUACUCCCUGGAAACACUCCCAAAAUCAUAAAUCUGUGAGCGCCUUUCACCUCGGAGUUCAUGGGGGCCAUUCUCGCUAUGGACUCGCUUGUGUGAAAAGAGUCAGUCAACGCUCUGCCAAAAGUCGUGGCUUUUCUCAGGGUGCUCGGAUUCCCUCCCACAGGGAAAGUUGACAGGGUGGGUUAGGAUAAACACAGUUAAGAAAGUAAUAUCACAAUUGUUGUAAAGGUAAAAUAGUCUAGGCUAAGUAUGUAAGGGUAAUACUUGAUGUAAAGUGCAUUUGAUCGCAUGCCCAUGUAUAUAUGCGCUGUAGAAAUACUAAUCUUAAUAUUCACUUUUCUAUUCUUGAGACGGAAAACAGAGUAUUUGACCUGAUCAAACACGGCAUUGCUGACUAUCAUGAUGAUCCGGACUCACAAUACAUCAUGGAUGAAAUACAGAAGAAGUUUGAAUGCUGUGGUGCUUAUACAUUCAACGACUGGAAUCAUAAUUCUUACUUCAAAUGCUCUUCAGGAGAUGUCUUGGCUUGUGGCGUCCCUUUCUCUUGUUGCAAAACUGUAAGUGAUUUUGGUAUCACUCAAAACCUGUUCAUAUGAGUUGAACUAACCCAGAGACUGGUCAGAGUGAGAUUUAGCGCUGUGCAACAAAUAUUAAAGUGGAAAGUACAAAUUGCCGAAGAUUUUUAAAACUUUUUGUAAUUAAAUUUAAUGAACGCAGGGUGUUAGCUAGCCCAUAUACUGUCCGUUUGACAGACUCUUCCCAAUUGAAGUAGCUAAGGGGCUUUCCUAACUGGGUCUACUGGAAGAUUUUCAUUUUUUCUGAUGAGAAAGUGCAUUGCGUUUGAUUUUAUAUUAUUAUAUCAAAGAACGUUUUAUUUACUUUUUCCCAUUAACUAUUUUCUCAAAAUGUAUCGCGUUUCAUUCAUAUUGGGUGAGUAUUCACUGAAAUGUACAAAACGAAGUGCCAUCGGGUGCAUUUUUCAGUGUUCAUUCACCGGAAAUGAAAUGUACAAAACCAAGCUACCGUUGUUUGCAUCUAAGGAGAAACGCGUUGGAAAAAAACACUAUUUAUUCCAACACAAGGACUUUGAUCGGUCAUAAAAACUUUCCCAAUUUUCGUUUAGACGACAAAACCUUUUUUCUGGCUAACACCCUGGAACGCUAAGUGACCAAUGUCUCCGGCGUUGAGCGCACAGCGUUUCUUUGACACAAAAACACUUAACAUUGACCAGAUAGGAAAUAUCUAUGGAGCUUAGCCUUUAAUUUUGAUUCAUUUUGACAGUGUGCAAUUUGGCACGAUGCCAACACUCUCCGUCCUCCCAGAGCGAUCGCUCCGGCGCACAGCAUUUGUGAGUGUGUAUGAUAGAACGUUUCCAAUGAAGGAAUAUUUCCAAGAAUUGUUUGAUGUGCAUUUUAGGUCGGGAUGAACAGUCAAUGUGGUUUUGGAAUAAGAGAAAAAGAUGUAAGUUCAGACGCUCAGUGUUCAUGAAAUGUUAUUUUUUUCUGUUAUACUCUGAGAGUAUCCACACCGGGCAAGCAUAGCUUUGACUAGCAAUGCAAAGGUCGCUGGUUUGAUUCCCACCGCGGACAGUGCUUACGUUGUAUUAUUUUCAGGAAAUCGAAGCGAAGCAUGUGAUAUAUACUGAUGGAUGCAUUGUUACACUGAAGUGGUGGAUCAAUGAUCAUCUACACAUCAUUGGAGGGCUCGGCUUUGCAUUUGCUUGCGUUCAGGUACUGAACAAUAUUGAUCAAACAC